UGCAUCAGGAACAUGCAUGCCAGGUAGUGUCAGCUCAGGCCAGGGAGGAGGGAGAAAUCUUGAUGGAUGACUGCCCAAAAUAACUUACUGAUGAUUGCUGUGUGUUUGUAUAUGCCCACCACGCCAGAUUAGUCAACAGCUAUAUGACCUGUCAUAAAUCUGUAGGAUCUCAUAUUAAUGUGACGUAGUGUUGGAGGUUAUCUUUUAUAAUUGUUCCUCCAUUUAAGUGCCACCCUUUUCUAAAAAUAUCAUCAAAACUAUUGGCUGUUGUCAUAGAGACAUAGUUUAGGCUGUUUCAGCGGUGGAUCAAUUGGGCCCAUUGCACAGGUUGCAGCAUUGCCUAGGAAACGUGGAGCGGAGAACCCAAAACUUGAUCAGUUCUGUACUUACUAUGAUGUAGAAAUCAAUCAAUUAAAGUGGAACAUCUCACAGUCAGGGGGCAAGUAAUGCAUGCUCACGGGAUGCAGCUUGCUUCAUUGAUUUUCGGGCAAUUGCUACCAAGAGCUGGUUAGAGGAUGGUAUUUAGAGCUGAGCUUUGCUCACUUUUUUUUUUUUUAUUGAGGGCUUGGUUCCAUUUAUAUCUUGGUGAAGUAAAAGUGGUAGGGAUUUGAAGGGGGGAGAUCCCCUGAGUUUGCUCCCAGACAAAUAAUCUGGCAACUUUAUACAACUUAUCAAUAGAGGAUGAACCAAGUAGCAGUAUAUGUAGCACGAUAGGAUGACACUUGCUGGCGGUUAGAUAUGGAUAUUUCCUGAAUCACUAGUUAGUAUUUGAGUUGAUUAAUCAAAUCUGUGUGAGCACUUUGUUUGUUAAAGGGAGUAGGCAAACCAUAUGCUUUUCAGCCGACAGACCUUUAUUGGAUGUAUGAAAAGUUUCCAGUAGAAGAGGCAGUUAUUACUCGCAAUUACUAUAGACUGAAAAAAAAUCCAGGGUACUUAGCGAGAGUUGUAGUUGUGGAGGAUGUAAAGAGUACCAGGGGUUUGCAAUUUAAUAUUUUCCAUGCAAAAAAGGGGCCAGAUAUCAACCCAUUUGCAGGUGUAAAUUUUCUUGUGUGGGUGGUGGAUAUUGCUGUGUUGGAAAACGGCAAGUCUGAUAAAGAAAGAUAACUACCACAGCACAGGAGGUAAAUACUGGAAGUGGGAAACAUGGACCAGUAUAAUUUAACUUUCACCACAUGUCCUGAAGUGGCCAGGAUAGUCCAGACAGAGACCACUAUUACCCUUCACUUUCUAACUCCCAUACGGAAAGAUGGGUGUCGGCUGGCCAUGCCUCAGGGAAUCAGGACGGAUCUGGCCAUGGAGUACCCUGGGAGCAGGACCGAGGAUAACAUGACAGGACGCUAUAAUAUCACCUCAGGCUCAGGGAUACAAAAUGGCACACACAGUGGAGGGAUGGAGGACAAGAUGACAGUUGUUGCUGUCAGCACAGCCGUGGCGUCGCUAGCUUGUGUGGCAUUUCUGGUGAUGCUGUGUGCCUGGUGUUUUGGGCGUGGAGAUGAGGAAGAAUAUGAGCCCAUAGAACCCAAGGAAAUGGAAGCAGGAGGAACCAUGCCUGCAAAACCAAAAAAACUGUCAUGGAAAGAAAGAUUUUUGUUUGGAAAAAGUCCGGUGAUAAUGAGAAGCACAAUAAAUGUCCCAGAAGGGCGGUGUCACAUCACUGUGUGGUUUGAGAAGCCAGCUGAUAAGCAGAUGACAAUAGAAAAUGUCCAGCCAGACCCUCAGGCACCUAACAAUGUCAAUGACUCAGUAGGGUACAGUAAAAACAGGGGACAGAUACAGCGCCAGUUCAGCAUGCAGCAAGGUGGGAAUGGCAACUUUUCACGUGGCAGCAGCCUGGAGCACCAAGGUGCUCUACAGGCCAGCAGCUCCAGAAACUUUCUGGACGAUCCAGAUGAGGAUCACAAACUGGGCCGCAUACAAUUUAGCAUCGGCUAUGAUUUCAAUGAGAACACUUUGAUAGUGAAAGUAAUGCGAGCCACAGACUUGCCAGCUAAGGACUUCACGGGGACUAGUGACCCCUAUGUCAAAGUGGUCCUGCUGCCUGACAAAAAACACAAAUUGCAAACCAAAAUUAGGAAACGGUCUCUCAACCCACACUGGAAUGAGAUAUUCUGCUUUGAAGGUUUCCCAUACAACAAGGUAGAGAGCAAGCUACUAAUGCUACAGGUUAUUGACUUCGAUAGAUUUAGUAGAGAUGAUGUGAUAGGGGAAGUAAUAGUACCCCUCAGUCAGAUCAACUUGGCAUCAUUCCCUGCAUUUUGGAGAUAUAUCCAGCCAUCUAGUAAAACUAGAGGCAAACUAGGAGAGCUGAUGGUUUCUAUAUGUUACACUCCCACACCAGGUAGAAUACAGGUAGAAGUUGUCAAAGCUAGAGAUUUGAAGGCAAAAGAUGUGGGAGGUUCUUCAGAUCCUUAUGUAAAAAUAUGGUUAAUGCAAGGAGGCAAGAGGGUAGAGAAGAGAAAAACCACUGUCAAGUGGAGAAAUUUAUCUCCUGUGUUUAAUGAAUCAUUUAGCUUUGACGUACCUCUUGAAAAAAUAAGAGAUACUAGUUUAGAAGUUUCAGUCAUGGACUUUGAUAAAAUGACUAGAAAUGAACUGAUAGGAAAAUUUUUGUUAGCAUCAAGAAGCGGCCCAAUAGAACAAAAGCAUUGGAGUGAAAUGAUGCAGAAACCAAGACAAGCUGUUGCACAGUGGCACUUGUUGAAGGAUUAGGUAGCGGAAUUCAAGACGAGCUGUUGUACAGCUGCACUUGUUGAAGGAUAAAGGACAAGAAAGGCCAAGGAAGGUUGUUGAAAAGACUCGACAGGCUUUUGAAAAGGGGCUACAGCGUCAGGGAGUCAAAAGUACAGAGAUGUAGAUUCAGAAUUUCACAUUUUUUGAGAGCAAAGAUAAAGAGCAAUGUGAAACACAGAUAGUAUAUAAAUUUAUUUGUAAUACAGCAUUUUUUCAAUGAGAAGUUUUCAGUAUGAAUGAACUGAUACCUGUAUUUAUGAAGAAACUAUCUCAUAAAGUUUGAUUGGAACGAUUUGUUCUGAUAAGGAAUUUUUUGUCAUGCCCAAGUAUUCAGAUUAUUGUAUUAAUCUGAUUAGUGAAUGACUGUUACAGGCAAUAAUGCAGAGGAAGCUAGAGGAUAAUCAGUGGAGGUAAAGAUCUCAUGUUUAUUGGGCCAAAGAGCUGUUUUUUAACACUCACUGAUAGAUAAAAAAGAGACACUGAUAGAUUUUAUCUUCACUGAAAUGUUUCUAAAGAAAUGUUUCUGUUACUGUACUUGCACUGCAUAAGCAAUUUGAGUAAAAUGUUCUGGUACAAAAUUGAGAAAUAUGUUCUGUAACCUUCUAAUUUAACGGAAGAUUCCAAACAUAGAUGUUCCACAUACCUAUCACAGAGCCUAUUUUAGAAAUGUAUGAGUAGAUGGAAAAGUUUGGGUAAUCUUUAGCAGUCACAUUCAACUCAAAGAUGUAUAAAGUUUGGCAGUUUUAAGUACACAGAGCUGCAUUGGUUCAGAGAACCAUGCAUGUUUCUAUCUUGGUUGUGUAUUGAGUUAAAAUGGUGUUUCUCUUAAUGUCUUAUUGUACCUUAGCUAAAAAAAGAUUGUUUUCAGGAUGGAAGUUGGCCUUGAAUUGUUUUCAGUGUCCUGUCACGUCAGAUGUCUAUAAAACGGACACGUCCCAGCUGUCAAAGGCAUUUACCUCAGCAGAUGAGCAUAUGAAGUGGUCCUUUUUCCAUGGGCAGAAUAAAGCCAUCCAAACCUUUCAUCUAUUUAUGAACCAUAAAGCCAUAAAAAUCUCCUUUUAGGGAUUUUAAGUUUUAUCUAAUGGACAUGUUAUUGAUUUCUAAUUUCUUCUAUUAAGAUUCUGUUUAUUAUCACCCAUGUAAUGCAGUGAAUGUGGCCAUUUCCACCCACAGAUAACUCACUUAUAUUUAAGUCUUGAUCUUUUUUUUUCCACUGGAGCUGCUAAUUCUAAGUGAUUUCAUUAAAUAGAUAUGUAUUUAAUAGAAAUAUUUGCAUUGCAUCAUUCAGCAUGUUUGUUCUUCAAAGGCACCUGCUCUCUCUGGAAACUGCUUAUCAGUUUAAAAAAAUUGGAAGAAAUCCAAUACUGCUGCAGUUGCCUUUGAGAUCAAUUAGGAGAAAUAUAAAUGAGUAAUGUAACGAAGUAUAAAGCUGCAUAUAAAGAAAAUUGAUUGAAAUUAUGAGUAUUUGUUAAAUGCUGUAUUUGUUAGAAGUGAUGGCUGUACAGCUCACUAAAUGCUUUUAGUUUUAAUUGUUAAGUCUAAUCAAUUCUUUGAUUUCAGUAAUAUGUUGAAGUUGUCAAACACUUCCUGCAGUCCUAAUUUAUGCAUAGAAAAGGUACAGUUAUGAAAACUAAACAAGUGCUUGACAAUGCAGUAUCAUGGUCCAUCUUUGUAUCUGUAUCCAAUUUGAUAGUUAUUUUAAUAGGAUCAUCCUGUUAUGGCCAGUUUGUGACAAAACCUGUCAUAAUCAGUAUUGUAUAAAAUAUAACAAAAUGUUGAAAUUUUGUAUUAUGGAAAACCACUUGUGAAGACAUUUGAUAUUAAUAUCAAAGUGAAUAUUUUGAUUCAUCCAGUUAUGAUAUACUGAGAUUACUAAAAAAUUUAAUCUAAUACUGGAUCCUGUGUUAAAAAGGAGAUCAUGAAGUUUGGACCUUAUCAUAAGGUCUUCUUCAGAUAAACAGGUUUUGAAUUGUCAGUGGUGACAGGAGGUGACGCUCUGAGGUGGGUGUCUCACAAUGCCCGAUCAUACAGACGUGGUAGUUGGUAUCUCAAGCUACUGUGCUUGUUGUGGGUGGGUUGUUCAAUCCACUCAUGAAUGGCUUCUUUCACAGCUUGUCUGAACCAGUCAUCUUUAUUGAGGAUCACAAAGUUCUUCAUGUCAAAACUAACACAUCUUUGGGACCUGGCCCUGGGAGACAUCCUGUGCAGAGCUCCACCAUGGGUCACCAGUGACAAUUCAAAAUCAGCUCACCUGAAGAAGACCUUGCAAUAAGGUUAAAAUGUCUUGAUCCCCAUUUCAAUGUACAUGUAAGAUCCAAUGUUAGGUUUAAUUUUCUCAUAACCUCAACAUUUGGUAUGGUUUACAACAGUUAACUACCCUUCUAUAAAUUUAAGAUGUGUAGUUCCAAAACAUCUUCAUUUCAGUCUGUGUAUUUUUUUUCCACGAUAGAAAUUGAUUGUCAGUUCAGCUUCUCUUUCAUGAGCAACCUCUAGCAUAUUUCUGGCUGCUGUUUCACAUUCCUCACCUUUGACUAGGUUGUGAUAUUGUGUUAGAUGUGACAUUUAUGUCUCUUCUCACAUUCUUACUUCAGUGAGAACAAUGGAAAUCUAUAUUUUAUAGUAUACCACUUAAAAUGUUGUUAAGGUGUACAAAGGGUACAGUCAUCAGUUGUGUUAUCAUGUACAAGUGUAAGUCACUUUAGUUAGAAAUUUUCAUACAAAAUGUAAAAAAAGGAAGACAGUUAUGGUGCACAUAAAUAUGAAAAAUAAAAUGAUCAGUCAAGCUGGUUUUCAAAAUAAAAGUGGUUUUCUGCAGGCUAGAAACCGCAGUAUGGUACUGUACAGAGUGCUACUUUCUGUUACAGUUCCUAGUUGCUCUGAUUUUACCAAAUGUUGUUAGGUGCUGCAAUUAUUAAAGUUUUUGAUAAGCUGGCAAAAUUAAUACUUUUUGCUGAAAAUGAAUAGGUAUUAAGACAUUUUAUUGAUUUUGUGGUAAACUUAUGUUGCUGUUGCUGUGGUAUGGAAUCAUUUCUAUAUCAUGAGCAAUCACUGUAAAUUAAGAAAACUGUCGCAGAGUGUAAACUUACUUGACUGUGCAACUUUCAAGUUAAAUACUGUUGCAUUUUGUUUAAUUAUAAAUCUAUUUAAUUAUAGAAGUUGAAGACAAGUUACAGGUGUGCAGAUCUGUUACAGUGUUGUUAUUGUCAUAUUGUCAUAGUGCACAGUAUUUAUAUAAAUAUAUAUAACUUGAUAUGUUACUAUGAUUAUUGCCCAAGAUGUCUUGCAUACAGAUAUGAUGACAAUAAAAAAGAAAAUGUCACAAAA